AUGUCAUCUCAGGAAUACGCACCGCCCCCGUCAUUGGCUCAUGUCUUCUCGGGACAGUAUGCCUUGCCUGCUCAUUUACAACAACCGCCGUCACACCAACCUCAUCCUCAACCGCAACCGCGACCUCAUCCUCAACAACCCCAACCACCCCAACCUCAGCAGCAACAGACUCAGGGCUACUCCCUCGUCCCAUUCCACCCCCAGCCUACCCAGGCACAGCCCACCUCCCCACGUCGUCCACUCCCUCAACCCACCCCAGCCCCUCAAGCUCAAGCACAGGCUCCCUGGCCAUGCGCGCAAUAUCCCGCGCCUGUGCCUGUGUCGCUCUAUCCUUCCACUCCUGCUCCUGCUGCUGCUCCUACGUUCGCCCACCCCCAACAGGUACAACAAGUACCGCCACCGCCGCAGAUCGCUUCGCCUACUGCGAGCUACCCGAGGGGGUAUCAGGGGAUCUUGACUGGGAGCAGGAGCUUGCCUCUUGGAGGAGAGGGCGAGAGGGAGAGGGAACGUGAUCGUAACGCAGUUCGAGAGAGAGAUCGGGAUGGGAGAGACAUAGAUCGGGAUGGGUGGGAGAGAGAUAGGCAAGAGAGGGACAGAGGGGGACACAAAGGAAGCGGACGUACACGGAGCGUCAUCCAUCAGACGACCGCGCAGGCGCAGAAGCAGAAACAGAAACAGAUGCAGAAGCAGAAGGAGAUGCGGGGCUAG